AAGUGGAGGCGGAAACGAAGUAUCUCAGGUUGCGUGGUGCGACAAACCGACAAGCCAACAAUGGCGUCGUCAGCUGCUACGACCGCGAAGCUGAUCGCGCUCCCGCCGGCGCCAACACGCGGCGGCUGCUGCUGCUGGAGGACACGCAGGCCCGCGAUCCCCGCGGCGGCGGCGCGCCUCAAGGUCUCCGCCUCCGCCGCCUCGUCGGACGUGCCGGACUUCCUCUCGUCCAAUUGGCUUGAAACCCGCAAGAGAAAGCCCUUCGGUCCCAGGUUGAAUUUUAGUGCAGAAGAAGCAGUCGAAUACCAGCUUGAGUCCUUAAAGUACAAUGAUCUGCCCCGCCCAGAUUAUGGGAUAGAGUUUGCAGGCUUUGACCCCUUCGAGAGGUCAACUUACUUUGGACGACAGUUUGAUCUAGGACAGUUCGAGCGCUUCCGGCGUCUGUUUCACCACUCAACCUACAGAGUGCUGCUGGGCCACAGAGAGAGAAGAAUAUUGAGCAGUUUAUGGGUUGAAGAGAACCAGUUCAAGCAAAGAGUUUGGAUACAAGGAGCCCGUCCCGAGGAAGAAGAGAUAUUUCAAUUCACAAUGGUUCAGAGGGUCGGAGGAUCAUGGGAUGGUUACUGGCUGACAGAGAGCUUAAUAAACGAUGGAGACGCGUUCUCGGGUGGGAUUGCUUACUGAUGUAGUGAUGAUUGGUGUAAAUCGAUCAGGUGCAGACUAGCAGGUGGCUUGAAAAAGCUGAGAGACAUGUUGGUGUGUAGAAUAUGCCCUGGCUUUCUGGAGAUGUUUGGCACUGUCGGACACGCUAGUAUUGUACAGGAAGACCUCUCACGGCGCCCAUAGCACCAGAUGGCCAAGCAUGCAUAUCUGUGGAAUACUUUUCUGUUGUACGCCUGCUGCUUGCCUGGUUUGGUAAGAGGAAGACGGCGCUGCACAUCUUGCGCCUUCAUCUGCAGCGAGUUACGGCGCGGUUCUUUCUUGAUGUCCUCUCCUUUCUGUGUAAAGUGCUUCGAGUUUUGGCCACUGCCUCUUUUCACUUUUA